UCGUGUGUGUUGAGUCACAUCUUCUCCUAGAACAAAGACAAAGCAACCAAAAAGCUCCAAAUCUUGAUUUUCACUGUCGAAAUCCUCCAUUAUACCCCACAUCGCCCACGUUCUUAAAGCCUUCCCAGCGCAAACAUUGGAGGAGAAAGUGAACUGAGGAGAGAUAAAGGAACACCAUGAUGAAAGCCAAAGCAAAAGGCUCCAAUUUGAAGUUGGGUUCACCUUCUUUGAUCCUCUUUUGUUCUCUUUUCUUCUUUCUUGGACUUUUUCUGUCCACUAUCCUCUUUCAGCAGGAUUUGGGCGACGCACGGCCUCGAUCUGGAGCUAGAAUACUUGAAGAAUCGGUGGCGAAGAAGGAUUAUGACCCGCUUGAACAUGGCAAAACCGGGGAAGAUUUUGUUGAAUCAAUUCCAUUUCAGGUUUUAAGUUGGAGGCCAAGGGCAGUAUACUUUCCAAACUUCACAAGUGCUGAACUAUGUGACCGCAUAAUUGACAUGGCAAAGUCAAAACUUCAACCAUCAAAGUUAGCUCUGCGGAAAGGAGAAUCUGCUGAGAGCACCAAGGGCACUAGAACAAGUUCAGGCACAUUCAUCAGCGCAUCAGAAGACAAAACUGGCAUCUUGGAGUUAAUUGAGAGGAAAAUUGCGAGGGUCACGAUGCUUCCAAGGACCCACGGAGAGGCAUUCAACAUAUUGCGGUAUGAGAUUGGCCAAAAAUAUGAUGCUCAUUAUGAUGCGUUUAACCCAGCUGAAUAUGGCCCUCAACAGAGUCAAAGGGUCGCUUCCUUCUUACUAUACCUAUCAAACGUCGAAGCAGGGGGAGAAACCAUGUUCCCUUUCGAGGAUGGUAUGAACAUUGGUAGACGUUAUGAUUAUAAAGAAUGCAUUGGUUUGAAAGUGAAGCCGCGUCAAGGUGAUGGACUUCUAUUUUAUUCCUUGCUUCCAAAUGGCACAAUCGAUAAGACUUCUCUCCAUGGAAGUUGUCCCGUGAUUGAAGGGCAGAAAUGGGUGGCGACAAAGUGGAUUAGAGAUCGAGAUCGAGUCUAAAAUGUCUUUUCCCCCCCAGAACUAUGCCAUUGCCCUGACAUGAGAUUUUUGAAGCAGCCUAAUGUACUAAAAAUAGGUCAAAAAAUUGAUUGUAUAUGUUACUAUGUGCAAGAUAUAUCUCAUUUAAAAGUUUGUACGAAAUGCUUUGACAGAUUUACUCACACGGUGUGAUAACUAAUCACCAUUUAGCUGAGUUGUAUAGGUUCACUAGUUAUUGCUUUGAAGUUUCGUGUUAAAUUUUGGAAUGUUGGUUUUCAGUUACGGG